ACCAACUCCUAAAAUACAACACAACACAACACAAACAUAAGACGUGCUCACAAUACAUCACACACACUUCACUCUUUCUCCUCCUUCUUAAACACCUCAAGAUCACAUCUCAAGAUUUAUAUGGCUCUUGAGACUCUCAAUUCUCCGAGUUCAGCCACCGCCUCCGCUCGGCCUCUUCUCCGGUAUCGCGAAGAAAUGGAGCCGGAGAAUCUCGAGCAAUGGGCUAAAAGAAAACGCACCAAACGACAACGUUUUGAUCAGAGUCGUCUGGAUCAAGAAACGGCUCCUUCAGAAGAAGAGUAUCUCGCUCUUUGUCUCCUCAUGCUCGCUCGUGGCUCCGCCGUGAAAUCUCCUCUCCGUCCGUCACCGUCCUCCGACCACCGUGGUUACAAGUGUACGGUCUGCGGAAAGUCGUUUUCCUCUUACCAAGCCUUAGGUGGACACAAGACCAGUCACCGGAAACCGGCGAGCAACGUUAACGUUCCCAUCAACCAAGAGCCGUCUAAUAACAGUCAUAGUAACAGCAACGGUGGUUCCGUCGUUAUCAACGGUAACGGCUUUAGUCAAAGCGGGAAGAUUCAUACUUGCUCGAUAUGUUUCAAGUCGUUUUCGUCAGGUCAAGCGUUGGGUGGACACAAACGGUGUCACUAUGACGGUGGUAAUAACGGAAACGGUAACGGCAGUAGCAGCAACAGCGUGGAGGUCGUCGGUGGCAGUGACGGCAGCUAUGUGGAUGAUGAAAGAUCGUCAGAACAGAGCGCGACCGGCGACAACCGGGGGUUUGACUUGAAUUUACCGGCUGAUCAAGUCGCAGUUGUGAUAUCUUAACGUUGACUAGGCUCGUUAUAAAAGUCGUUUGUUUCCGGUUGCUUCAGCUUGACUGCAUUUUUAUUUUAUUUUUAAGAAAUGUUUAUUUGUUGUUGGAUUUGUUUAUAGAUAGAGGAAACAAUUGAGAUAUUGAAA